AUGUUCUGGCUUCCGCACUCCAAGCUCCUCUAUAUCCCUACUACGGCCCUCAUCUCGCUAUCAACCGUGGCCUGGAUUGACCUCAUCGAUUACUUCUUCGCUUACGGCAAAGCCAAAAGGCCCUCAACAGUUGCUCUCCCAUCCCCGCCCGACACCGCUCACCUGCGCUCGAGCCUCCGCUACAACAUUGUCACCACCACGAAGUGCUCAACCACGAUACUUCCCCCUCGCCAUACCAACAUGGCUCCUAACAUAGCGGUGGAGGCACCUACCUUCCACUCCCUCAACAAGGCGCAGAAGCGCGCUCUCAUGCUCCGCGAUCAGCUCCGCUGGACUGACAUCCCUCACCUCAACGAAUUCAUAUGCGGGCUCUCUGACAACGAGCCGCCCGCCUAUAAGCGCAUCAAUGGCGCUGUGUAUCCUCCACUCGUCAUGGUGACUCUCCGCCCCUCCGCCACACGCUACGACCUGGGCAAUGUUCACUUCGACACCGCCAGCGACCAGGGCCCGGCGGGUAUCUACCGCGCCUACCUGACAGUCGAAGAUGACACGUUUGAGCUGCGCACGGAAGAUGCUUUGAAGCCCGAUGAAGCGAACUUGGAGACUGUGCCGAUUCACAGCUUCAUUGCGAAGACGAUGGUAGGCCUGUUUGAGGCGAAGUUCAGGACGAUUUGGGAGAGGAAGAAUAAGAUCAAUGAGCUUAGGCGGAGUGCGUUUGAGAUUGCGAGUAAAGCUCCGGUUGAAGAGGCGUUUCGGGUUGGGCAGGUGAGAUUGUUCUCUUUUGGAUUCUUGGUCUUUGACAUUUUGAAGAAAGCCAAGAAGCGUCGUCCCGGCGAACCCAUCUCCAAACACUCCACCAACAAGCGCAAACACAUCGGCCUCAACACCAUCCCCGAAGACGCCAAAACCGCCACCUUCAACGCCAUCCCCACUACCAUCAAAGUCGACCUCUUCAACAACGUCAUCAGAACCGCCUUCCCCAACUUCGACAACCUGAUGAUGGCCAGCUGGAACGUCGUCUCCGUGUACUCCAACGUCGGGACCGACUUCCCCGAACUGCACAAGAGCAUUGUGGAGCUCAAGAGCGUGCUGCAGGACUUUGAAGAGAGCUUUGGCGUCAAGGGUAAGCGGGAGGACGCGAGGUAUAGACGGGAUUUGGAGCCAGCGAUGAGGCAGAGUGAGGAUGAGAGAGAGACGAGACCUACGCCUACACCUGAUGUAGCGCAACAUGACGGCAGCGAUGAAGCCCCCGCUACUCCAAACGGCAACCAAGACCUCGACGUCUCACAUGAGCAGCAGAACACACUCGAUGCGCUCUUCGAAGAUCCCGAGCCCGAGCCCGAACCAGAGGCAGAGGCCGAGCGAGACAUGCCCCCUCCACGCCUCACCCAGCACCGCCACGCCUCCUCCGACGCAGAACAACCCAUCUCCCACCGCACCAGCGCCGCUCCUCGCCUCCCCUCCAACGACGCGGAAGACCCGGUCUCUCAUCGAACCAGCGCCGUCCCCAUCUUCCCCGCCAGCACUCGUUCAUCCCCCGCCCUCCCCAAGCGCAAGCGCGACCUCAGCUCCGACUCGCACGAACUCCAGCGCCGCCGCGACGAGUACCGCACCGCCGCGCAGGCCCCGCAGGAAUCCAGCGACUCGGAUGACGACCAGAUUCCCCCCUCGGCUCCCAAACCCAAGUCCGCCAUCGCCCUGCGCGCGCGCUACAAUGCGCGCAAAACAGAGCUGCUCAGGACGUUUGGCUCGAAUGCAAAUGUCCCGCAGGUGUAUCGGCUGCAGAUGCAGGGGCUUAUGAAGGAGAUUCGGGCGAGGGAGAUGAAGGAGAAGGAGGAAGCGGACGGGGUGGAAGAAGGUGAGGGGGGCGCGGUUGGUGAGGUUGAAGAAGGCGGUGGUGGUAGGGGGGAGAAUACGGGGAUGCCAAAGUUCCUUGGAAACUCGGUGCUAGGGGGUAGGAAGCCGCUGGGCAUGGCGCCGGUUGCGCCGAUGGCGCAUAUGGCUGCUGGUGCGGGAGGGGUUUUGAGGCGGGAGAGUGGUGGGGCGGAGAGGAAGAAGGAUUAA